AUGGCCGCCUGUUUAAUUAGUAAUCGCCUAUUUCGUCGACGACAGGAAUCAGCGACAAGCGGUAUUCAAGCUUGGGUGGAAUACGACGCCGUUCUCAAGCGUGUCGAUGUAACCGUCUCCCCCGCCGGCAAUCGCAAGCCAACCACUCCCCUGCUUUCCGAAUCCCUGGAUCUAACCCCCGUCGUCAGGGAACUCAUGUACGUCGGCUUCUCGGCGUCGAUCGGGGAGAAAGCGAGCGCGCACUACAUCCUCGGGUGGAGCUUCUCGGCGAAUGGAGACCCAGCCCCGCCGCUCAACAUCUCCGUGCUCCCCUCGCCGCCGCCGGCGGAGAAAUCCCCGUAG